GCCAGGUGAGAGAGCAGGACAGGUACUGGAGUCAGGAGACACAUAGGUAUACCUGUGAAGGAUGUCUGGAAGUGGACGGCCGAGGCCAAGUGCAGACGGCGGAGGGUCGACGACAGGGAAGACCACGACGACGACGACGACGACGACGGGGACGGGGACGGGGACGGGGACAGGAGAAGGGAGCGGACGGAGGCUGUGCAUGGCCAAGACCGCCAAGAACAAAGCAUGCUUGCUGCCCGAGUCGCUUCGCUGGCGUGAUGGCUACUGCUCCGUCCACUCGCCCAACCAGUUGGAGCACGAGGAGGCUGCAGCCAGGGCAAAGGAGCUGGCCAAGAAGAAGCUGACAACCUCGCGGGAGACAUAUGCUGCGCAGAGGAGCUACUCGUCAGACUCGGACCUUUCUGCCUCUCAGUGUGCCGGUGAUCCAGCUGCUGCUGCCGCCGCUCUGGCAGAGGCCGGCCUCUCCACCGGUUCGCUGGACGCCGGCUUUGGCCUCGGCUCUGCCUCGCUCCAGGCCGGUAGCAGCUCUACAAGCUUUGGUAACGGAGUCGUCGUGGUCUCCUCGGGCUCGCUUGGUGAGGGAAGCUCGGCAGACGAGGCCGGGCUCGCCACUACCGUGCCUGCCCUGCUGCAGCGCACGGGCGCGUCGACGGCGUCGAUCGACUCGGAUGACGUGGUCAUUAUGCGAAUGACCGGCGGGAUGGCCGGCGUCGACGACGGCAGCUCACUGGCUGCCAAGCGCAACUUGCCGCCACUGGCCGUCGACACGGCAGCGCCUGCGUCGGUGCUCUCGGACUCGCCGUCGAUCGACUCGCCGCUGGCCACACCGCAGCUGGCGUACUCACGGAGGGAAAAAGUCGGCAUCGCCGGCGGCGAUGACCACGUCUCGUGGCGCGGCUCACUCUCCAUCGUUCUUGAUCUGGACGAGACUCUCGUCGCUGCCCAAGAGGGCCAUCCGGAUAUGCCACUGGAGAUGCAUGACACCCACCAGAUUUUCCUCGACGAUGACCACACCGAGCCGAUGACCAUCGCCGUCCGCCCGUGGGCCACCCGCUUCCUGUGGUAUCUCAACGAGGAGGGAUUCGAGGUCUACGUCCUCACCGCUGGCUCGCAGUCGUACUGCACCGCCGUCGUCGAGCUCCUCAACUCGCUGCUGGAUAAGCCCGUCAUUCUCGCCGGCGCCUCGUGCCGCGACCAGUUUGGCCGCGUCCAGGCCAAGCGCUUCGAGCAAGUUCUUCCGCCGUACGUCCUCCCGGCGUUUGCCAUCGGCGUCGACAACAAGCGCGCCGCCUUUCACGAAAAGUACCAGUCGCAAGUCAUCGUCGUCGCAGACUACCUCCCCUCGUGGCCGCACUCGGUCGCCCAGACCGUUCUCAUGGACGUUCUCAACACCGCCCUCCACAUCGCCUACCACUUUGAGCGCCACUACGCUCGCACAGGCACCUUCAAGCCCACAGGCGCCAUCCUCUCCGGCAUCUACGAAGAGCGCGAGAAGGAGCGCAUGGCCUCACAGGCCCACUCGUUUGCCUUUACCCAUCCGCAGGACACCGGCGGGCCCGACUCGUUCCUUGCCUUUCUUCGUGCCCGCGAGGCGUAGCCCCGACUCAGCAACCUCUACACACGCUCCAGCCACCUCACCAUGGCCA